CUGAACCGGAGAAUAAACGUGACCGGGGGUGAGCUGUGUGGACAGAAGCGGCUGGAGAGGAGACCGGUUAGGAUGAAAACCUCCUCCUGGCAGAGCGUCGGUGCUGUCAGGAGAUCCACCGAGUGACAUCUUGAAGCGGUUGGGACAGAGGUUUUGGAGAUCUGACGAGUAGCCAUACAGUCUUAUCUUCUGCGGACGGUGCCAGAGGUUCUACGAAUAGCAGCCAUACCUUUCUCUCCGGGCUACCCCCAGUUUUUGGCACCCACCAUGUCACUGAUUCCAUUGGUGGAUGGAUAUGCCGACACCACCGCUUGCCUUGCCCAGACUAGUAGCAACUCGGGUGCAGAAGCACUAAUAGAAAGCAAGGUAGAGCCUAACACUUCUUCAUAUGGCAUAGGCACAGGUGGGAGCCAUCCUUCGGAGGAGGGUCAAUCUUCUACCCCUACCGUGGACAAUGAGCGAGUGACCACUGGCCCCUGUGCCUUUGGUUCUCCUGCCUGGUGCUUCUUUGGGGUCCCUGGUGGAUCCUCCAACAUACAACGUGAGCUUGUUGUGACCUGUACGCUCUGUCGAGCCCAAGUUCGAAGGGGGAUCAAUCCGGGCAAAGUUGGCACCACCUGUCUCUUUACUCACCUCGAGAGGCGGCAUGGCAUGACCAGGCAAGAAGUUUAUGAGCAAGCUGUGGCAUCAGGUUAUUGUGGCCCCAAUAUGAUGACUGCUACUCUUUCUUCAGAAUUUGCUGGUGGAAGUGGCAGCCUUCACUCCCGGGUACCUACUAAAAGACCUGGCAUUUCCCCUUCAUCCUCGGAUGAUGAUGAAGAGAAGCCCAAACGUCAAGCCACGACUGCUCCAGCAACUUCAUCUGGACCAUCUACCACCUCUAGCUCCCAGUCCGAUAAGCAGAACCAAAGUGGUCACGCGUCUUCCUCGUACCGCCAGGCUUUACGGGACCGUCUUCUUGGCAGCGUGCACAUGUUUUGUGAAGUGUGCCACGCCUUAGUGUUGUCAGGAGAACGGAGCCAGAACGUGCGGGACUUGGCGCUGGAGACGCAUUUCUCCAACAGUCACCCCCAGGUUUUCAAACUCUUAAAAAGCGGAGCCGCCAGAGACGUGCGCCUUGGCGGUUUGGGUCCCUUCUCUGCUCUUCCUUCUGGUUCUUUACCAUCUUCUGUCCAACGUUGAUCCUCGACCCAUAUAUGAGAUAAGUCCUGAUUUUUGUGGACUUUCAUGGAAGACCCGAUAAUGGGAUCUCACACUGGUCACUUCAAGCUUAUGUAAAGCCGGACAUAGACUUCCAUGUUUAACCCCUUCCCUCCCCUUCAAUUGAACACCAUGAACGUACAGAACUUGCAUUGUCUCGAGUGUGAAAUUUGCGGUCAUGAGAAGUUCCUCGCAUGUCUGAUCUUUUUGUAGCACGCUCAGGUUUUGCUGCAUAAUUCUAAUUAGAGAUGAGCGAAUUUCAUAUUUUGAACCACGGACCAUAACGCAAUUCUAUGACAGAAUGCCUUUAGAGGC